CGAUAUAUGGAGGCGAAACCCCCGUCAUUGGAGAACCGCUCACCUCGAGCUUGCGAUUGUGGCUUUUGAGUUCGUCGUUGGCUCAAAGCCAUCUUUGUGUCGAACGGGUCAAGGCAGGCUCGCAAUUGUGGGUUUGUUCUGGGCACCUAUACCAUGCUUCCCCCCUUCGAAAGCCGCAUGCGGUUCAGUGGCUAUCGGGACUGGAAUGCCUCAUCGUUCCGACAGACUACCGCGCCGGCGAUAUAGUCGUGAGUGAACCCCUCCCUGUGGAACCUUGCCAGUGCCCUUGAUUUUGAUGGAGGGUCGGAAACUGAUUCAUCGAGAGAAAGAAAGAGAAAAGAGAGUUCUGGGGUUGGAAAAGUAUCGCCAUCAUCUGGUCAUCAGCGAGCCUCAUAUUCUUGACACCAGCUUGGCGGGCAUUCCGCCGAAGGCACCGCCGCGAUGGCUAUGCCACUCAGCACGAGAGCAGAGUGCUGGGUUUGGUACGGCCUGGCGAUUGGUGCGGUCGUAAUGAGAUAUCAGUCUCAGUACCUCGUCCGCAAGCGCAGGUUCUUCGACAAAAUGACUAUAGACGACAUAUUGAUGGCUAUAAUAGUCCUAAUAUACACGAUUUCGAUCUCCUCUCUGUACAUCUACUUUGACAUCGUUGCGACGACCGACUUUGACGCCCUGACUCCGGAAGAGUAUGCCGCAGUUGGUCGCAAGAUGGGAAUACUGAACAUUCUAUCCGAAACAUCGAUGCAAACAACACUUUGGGGUAAUAAGUGUUGUUUACUGCUAUUAUACAAUCGCCUGACUCUCUUUGGCCAUUAUCGAAAGACUUGGGUCAGCGUUGCAGCUUACACCGGGCUUGCAUACGUUGCAGUCAUCGUAUCACUAUACGGAGGGUGGUGCAGGCCAUUUUCCGAGUACAUGGAGCUUCAGCCAGAAAACGCGGAAUGCUUGACAUGGAAGAACUACAACAUAUUACAAAUCAUAAUGAACCUGUCGACGGAUCUGGUGCUUCUUCUAAUCCCGGUCACAUUAAUCAGCCGGUUAAAGAUGAAAAUCGGAAAGAAACUCCUUCUCAUCUGUCUCUUUAGCAUGGGCGUAUUUGUCAUGCUCUGCGCAAUCCUUACCAAGGUCGCCGUCUUCACCUAUUCUACCGAUUUCGUCUGGUUUAUGUGGUGCGUGCGCGAGACGAGUACCGCAAUGCUAGUCGGCAACCUUGUCCUUGGAAUGCCCACCCUGCGAGCCGCGUGGCGGUGCGUCUUCCCUCAGAGCACGAGCACGCCUUUGCGAGAUGGAGAAUCCUCUGCGGGUACGGGGGAGACGUACGCGACGUAUAACACGGCGAAGAAGGUCUCCCGCGUCGGUUCGGACGCCUGGUCGGCCGCGGAGCAGCAGCACCACCACGACGGAGGCGGUCCAUCUCAGUGGAACGCGCCUCCCGCCGCCAGGGUCGCGAUCAGUAGCGUCUACACGGAUUAUGAGCUUUACGGGAAGGCUGGAGCUAAGGGGGAGAGUAGGAGGUUAUCGAUGGGGUCGGAGCAUGUAUAAUAUGACAGGGUUGGCAGGGUACACUCGACUGGAUGCGAGGACUGCGGCUUUAUAAUAUGUAAUGUUUGUACGCAGUACCGGACUUAAACGGAUUCAUCCCAUUCCACAGGACG